GACCUACCCCUUCUCAUAAUAGUUUCGAACUGACUAGAACCUUGAAGUAUGUUUGUUUUGUGAUGACCUAUUCACAGACAGUAUGCACAUGUAUGAGCUUAUAGUUUUCCACCUCCUUUAAAGUUUCUUCUGUGUGUAAUCAAACCAUAGAUGCUGUCAAUGACCGAUACUUUCCCAUCCAAUUAUCUCAGAGGCCCCAGCUGUCUUUGGCUUUAUCUGUAAGUGUUUAUGGAUGUCCUAGCACACACAUUCUAUGGUCCUGGGGGAGAAAAAAAUCCCUUGAAAAUACCAUGUGGUCCAUUUGGGGAAAUCUUCAAGUUGAAGCUACUUGCUGCUUUGGGGGUCUGGUUAACUCUACAUAAGGCACUUUUAAAGGUAAUCUAAAUCGAAAGCUAGAGAAGAAAAUAAAGAAGGAAAUGUGUUCUUCGUCACAAACCUUCUGGCCUAGGAUACUGAUAAGAGGAGAGAAGCUAAUGCCUUGUGUGCUUCUCACCCUGCUGGGCAUGACCCUGAUGGAGUCUGCUCAAGGACAGCACAUGUCAGACGAUCCCUGCUCUGUCCAGAUUCUUGUCCCAGGACUCAAAGGAGAGCCAGGUGAAAAAGGAGAGAAAGGUGUGCCUGGGAGACCAGGAAGACUGGGUCCACAAGGAGAGAUGGGCCAUCCUGGAAUGAAAGGGCAUAAGGGUAACAUGGGGCAUUAUGGAAAGAUGGGUCCCAGUGGAGUCAAAGGUAUAAAAGGAGACAUGGGAGACCCGGGACCUAGAGGCCUGAAUGGUGAUCCAGGUGUUCCAUGUGAAUGCACACCAUUGAGGAAGAUGAUUGGUGAGAUGGACAUCUUAGUGGCCCAGUUAUCCAAUGAGCUCAAGUUCAUAAAAAAUGCACUGCCCUCCCCUGCAGCUGUCGCCGGCAUCAAAGAGACCGACAGUAAGGUCUACCUGCUCGUCAAGGAGGAGAAACGCUACGCAGAUGCAGAGGUCUACUGUCAGGGCCGGGGCGGACACCUGGCCAUGCCCAAGGACAGUGGGUCCAACCGGGCCAUCGCUGGUUACAUCACAGAGGCGGGCCUGAGCCGGGUUUACAUUGGCAUUAACGACAUAGAUCGCGAGGGCCACUUCACCUACGUGGACCGAUCCCCCAUGAGCACUUUCAGCAAGUGGAGGGAAGGGGAACCGAACAACGCCUACGAGGAUGAGGACUGUGCGGAGUUGCUGGCGGCAGGGGACUGGACCGACGUGUCCUGCCAACCAACCAUGUACUUUGUGUGUGAGUUUGACAAGGACAGCGUGUGACCGCUGGUUCGAAUGCCAGGGCUUCUAGAAGGGACAGAAAACCAGAAUGGCUUUAUGUUAUUAGUCAGAUUAGCCAUAUUUCAAAAUAAACUAUACAAAACUACUGUUUAAAAUACUGUACGGACAUACAAUGAAAGUUGGGUGAAAACAUGUUUCUUCUAGUUCUUUGUUUUACUGUUUUUGCAUUUUUUUACUGCUGUUUUUUAUAAAUCUUUUAAAUCCAUUUUAGAUUUUUUUUUAAUGAAAUGUGCAUAUUCAUAAAUCUUGUCUUUUACGUGUGAUGUUUAGAUAACAUUAGAGAUGUUAACUACAGUACAUUGAAGAUAAAUAAUCUUUUAUGGCCAUGUUUUACUGUAGUAGUGAAUUAUUGUAGCGGUACACAUUUAAUUGACUAUUUACCUAAGCUAUGUCAGAAAGGACAAUAUUAUGUUGUGAUGUUUGUUGGUAUUUCACCUUUUAAUUACAUGCAUGUCUACAACUGCACGCGAACAUGAAGAUAACAUAACAGGAGGUAUUUUCCAGAUAGAUUUGGGAGGAGAAUGACACCUAGAAAAACGCAUAUUUUUCUAGGUUUCAUGAACUGUAAUGAAUAUCUGUAUUUUGGAAAUGUUUAACUUUGGAAGUAGCUGCAUUGUGUCCUCCUCCUUCUAUACUCAUAUACCAUACCACUAAGUCAAUUCGCAGCAAGGGUUUGAACCACACGGUUUUGGUAAAUCUACAGUGAUGUCUGUCUAGGCACAUGUGUGGAACACAUGGAGCUACCUGAAUAUUUCUUUUAUGUUACCAGAUUGAAACAAUGUAAAAAAGUUUAUUGAA